ACUUCCGUCUAACAUCAUACGUCAAAAUGCUCACCCUACUUUCCUAUCGAUUUGCAAGUACCGCCUGAUCAGCCUCGAAUGCCACGAUGAAACUACGAGGGGGACUCAUAAAAUCCAGAGGAGCCUGUGAAACAUGCAGAAUAAGGCAUCUUAAAUGUGACGAAACAAAGCCUAUAUGUAUUCGUUGUCAAAAAGACGGGCAGAAGUGUGAUGGAUAUAGCACCCUCCAAAACCCUCCGUCCACAAACACUCAAGGGGGAGCACUUUCAAGUUCCGGCGUUCCCGGUGCCCUUCCCGCGCUUCCAGCUUUUGAUGAUCCUCUGCAGCGAGAGUUGUUUGCUUCCUUUGUCUCCUGCACCACAGACGCCACUAGUCUCUACUUCGGAGCAAAUUUCUGGGCUCGUCGCGUCCUUCAGCUUAGUCUCUCAGAGGCUUCGAUUCGUUACGCUCUCUGCUCUUUGAGUGCACUGCAUCGGAUAUCAAUGGUAUCACCUGCAUAUUCGGAUUUUGAUACAUCGAAAUUACGAUGUUAUGCCCUGCUGCAGUACAACCAAGCAGUCAAGCGUACCCGGAUAUUACUGGACGAAAGUUGUGAUGGGUCGGAAGAAAAGCUUGUCAAGGGCCUCGUGACCUGCAUACUCUUCGUGUGCUAUGAGAAUUUCAUUGGCAACUACGGGAUAUCUUAUAUGCAUCUCCAGAACGGACUGCAAAUCAUCACAAAAGAGUCCCGCAAACAAUGCGGUCUUACCAUACCGAAAGACAUCAUUCAGGUCUUCAAACGUCUUGACGUUCAAGCCAUAACCUUUGGCGAUGCUAAAGUUCCUUAUCCCGAUAAUUUAUGCAAGGAACACAUAGACUUUCUCUCAGCUCCGCCAACCGGCUUCGGUUCUAUCGAGGACUCCCUCGAUGUCGUUCUUCACCUCUGCAGAUGGAUGUUUCGUCGGGAAGCGUACUCGAAUACAUGCCCCGUAGCAUAUGAAGACCUCGUUUCGGCUAGCAAAGCUCUGGAAUGCUGGAACUUGAGAAUGGAUAACUAUUUUUCGGCGCCAAAUGCGCGGAGGAACGGACGAUUGGAACACUCCAUCGCUUUGCUUAAGAUGUACCAAAUAAUCAUGACUAUAAUCAUAGUCACUGGGGUACAUGGAGAGGAAACAUUACACGACGCUUACAGUCACAAGUAUGGGGAAGUUCUCGCUUUGGCAGAGGGUUUGCUCCUCGAUGGACAAGUCUCGCUAUCUGCCGCCUCCAGCAACCGAUUCUUCUGCUUCGACAUUGGCGUCAUAUUUCCGCUCUUCUGGGUGACGAUCAAGUUGCGUCAACCACAACCUCGAAGGCGCGCCGUGGAAUUACUCGGUUCAAUGCAUCAUCAGGAAGGGGCAUGGAAAAGCACCAGUGCGGCGAAAGUUGCGGAGUUUGUUAUCGACAUUGAAGAAGAGGGGAUAUCGAAGGACGAUUGUUAUAUACCAGAAAUAGCCCGUGUGCACUUGGUGAACACAACGGCGGAUAUUGAGAGAGGGGAGAUUUGUGUGAGCUGUGUGAUGCGGUCUGAUAUUGAUGAUUGUUCUUGGUACAAAAGGGAGGGGCGAAUUCCCGACGGAACGGGGCUAUUGCGUGCUUGAGAUAUGGACGACCAUGCCUCUACAUCCACGUAAAGGGGAAAUAUUUUGAUAUUACUCACAUCGGC